GCCUGGCAGGACAUCGAGAACGUUCUGAUGCACAGCUUCGAGGGCCCGAGCGUCGAGGGCGGGUACCGCUCGCCCGGGCUGGCCGACGACGACUCGCCGCUGCCGACCGAGUCGCCCGGCUACUCGACGCCACACUCUCCCGAGGGCAUCGACAUGAACUUCAUGGCGCCACCGGCGGGGCCUGACGGCGAAGAGUUCAAGAAGGAGCCGUUCGCCGAGCACGGCGCCGCCGAGCGGCCGCCGUACCGCGAGGUUGACUCGCCGGGCGCCGAGCGCGCCUUCCCCGAGGCGCUGCCACUGCAGGCUGACCACCAGCCGCUGCUCGGCGAGCAGAAGUUCAAGGCGGCCGCGCCGUUCGCGACGGACGGCUUCACGAGCUGCGCGCCGUUCGCCGAGGCGGCGCGGCCCGAGCCCGGCCCGUUCGCGGCGACCGACUUCGCCAGCGAGCGGGGCGGCGACUUCGUCGACCUGGACUCGCUCAUCAGCCGGGCGACCGAGCAGCAUCUCGGCUACCCGAGCAGCGUGCAGGCCGUGGCGCAGGGCGUCGAGACCAAACUCGUGCUGAGUGGCUCGCCGCUGGCCGGCGGCGAGGAGCGGUCGCCGUCACCGCAGCCACUGCCCGGUCUGCAGGGCGACUUCGAGCUGAACGGCGUGAGCAUGCAGCUGCCGGCGGCCAGCUUCAGCCCCGUGUACACGGGCCUGGUGGCGAUGGUGUCGGUGCCGGGCGGCACGCCGCAAAUGUCGCCUCCCGCCAGCCCCGAGACGGACAAGCUGCCGCGCGCCACCUACCCCGGCUGCACCAAGGUGUACACCAAGUCGUCGCACCUGAAGGCGCACCAACGGACCCACACGGGCGAGAAACCCUUCCAGUGCACGUGGAAGGACUGUGACUGGAAGUUCGCGCGCAGUGACGAGCUGACGCGGCACUUCCGCAAACACACGGGCGACCGGCCGUUCCAGUGCCGGCUGUGCGACCGCGCCUUCUCGCGGUCAGAUCACCUUUCGCUGCACAUGAAGAGGCACGUGACGGUGUGA